GCGUUGGUCUCCGCCCCCACUUCCGGUCCAGUUGUCAGUCCACAGUCCUUCAUGGAGCUCGGAGAUCUGCUGCGAUUCACACACUGCGGGAAGACUGUGUUCACACUGGCAGACGCAGCGGGUCUGUGGUGCCCUGUGUGUGGACAGAAAGUACGGUUCGCCCUGUCUGAUGCCCCGGUCCGAAUCCGAAGUCCAAUUAGAGACGGGCACCACGCGAGCUGCUGCUUCCUUGUGACGUCACAGGGAGGUACAGCCAGCCUCAGUGAAGAGAAAGAUUCAGAGCUCCAUGUUGGCAUCUCCAGCUCUGAUGGACUGGUGUUCAGUUAUACAGAGUUUGGCGUUCAGCGUCAGGUGCAGGGCUGGGAACAGAGCAUCAUCAUCCCUCUGGUCGCCCCCGGCAACCACAUCUCAGACUUUAAAAGAAAGUGGGACACACAACUAGGGGAGUUUGCCGCCCUGGACAUCUGGACGCCAGACAGGUUUCAGGAGGAGAGGGAGUUUGGCUCGUGUUGCUAUGGUUUCGCUCUGGGCUUCAUUAACCGGGUGAUGACGUUGCAGGGAAAGCAGUCAAUCAGCAGAGAGUGUUUCACCUCUCACUACGUGCUCCCCAGGAUUGAGAGCGCCUCUCGAUACCUGUCAGUGUUCCAUCACGUCCGUCGCCAUGGAUACUGUGGUGCUGAAGGGAACCUUGAACAACUUUCAGACUGGAACGCUUUUGUCUCCUAGGUUCUUUGAACUUACCGCCAGCUUGGACUAGACCAGAAGGUCUGUUUCCAUGGCGACGGCUUCACACGUGACGUGCAAAGAGUGUCAGUUUGUGCUCGGCUCACACGUCGGUCAGGUCACGUUUUGACAGACGACAUGGAUUUACAAGCUGCAUCCGUGGAAGAUGAUAAUGCUACUGUCCAAACAUUACAAUAAUUACAGUAAUAACAUUGAUGUAACACUUUCCUGACUUAUAUUUUUUUUGACAACAUUAAAAGUAGAACCAGAGGAAGGCA